UUUUUUUUUUAAGUCCAUUGUCUAACGAGCAUAAAAGAGGCAACUCGCAACUAGGAUACUCUUUUAAAAAAACUAGAAAAACGAGUCUAAUAAAACCAAUAUUCGUGAAUAUACUUCAAAAAGACAUCAAGAAGUCGGAGGGCCUUUUCUCAAUAUGUCGUCUCAUCGAAAAAAGUCUGAAAACCUGAGAAAGAAACUGACCAAGUCUGAGGAUAACCUGCUACUUAACGGAUUGUCACUCAACAAUUCCCACCUGGACAUCAAUCCAAAGACUUUAGAGAAAUGCAUGGACCUCUCCUGCUCCGAUUUAGAGGAGACAUUGCUGUUGCAGUCAAGAAUAAAAGAACAAGCCCAUUUGAUUUGUGUACUAAAAGAGAAGUCAGAUGAGCUGUUCAAACAAUGCAAAACCCUGCAGCAGGUCAAGGCCCAGCUGGAGAAACAACUUGACAGCUGUCAGAAAGACGUUAUACAAAAGCACCAAAGAGCGGAGCUGGUGGAAAAAAGAUUUCUGGAUUUAGAUGCCAACAGCCAAGCGAUUAUUGCGUUCAUGGAGGAGUACAAACGGCAGAAUGUGCAGCUGAAGCAGGAAAACAAGCAGCUGCAGGCGGAAAACGACAGGAUUUUCUCACAAAAGUUACACGAUAAAGAGGUUAUCAUUCAAAAUCUAACAAAGAAAAUCAAAGCAUUGACAGAGGAGUUCACCACUAAGGAGACUGCUUAUCAAGAGCGUCAAGAGAUGGCGUCGUCCUACCUCGAACAACUGAGCAAAGCCCAGCAGCAGCAGGAGGUCACAGAAGAAAUGUUGAAAGCUGUAAAACUGAAACUUGAAAACAUCGAGGAGGAGCGCGCGUUGAAGGAAGCUACACUGAAUAAAAGCAUCUUAAGUCUCACCAAAGAGAAGGAAAAAGUGCUGCGUACUUCUGUGGAACGAGAGAACAUCUUACAGAGGAAGCUAAAAGAACUCCAGCUUCUUGAGCUGCACUAUAAAGAACUGAAGAAAGCCCAAUUAAAAGCAGAGGAACGGUUUAAACAGCAAGCACAUGCAGUUAACGCAGAUAAAAGAGUCAGAUCGCUCAAGUCGGCCCUAGAAGAAGCCAGGACCAAGUACGAGAUGCUUCAAAAGGAUUUCAAGGCAUUCAAAGAACACAGCAACAGUCUCCUCACUAAGGAAAGAGAGCUCAAUAAGAUACUGAGACACUUGAGGAGCUAAACCUUUAGUGCACCCAAAACAAAGACCCAAGAAAGAGUAUUGCUGUAUGACAACGUCACCUUUACUCUCAUGCCAAGCUUUUCGGAACAAUACAAACCACAAGAUACUCAGCGUGACAGGUCAGAAGUUCCUCAAAUAGAAAUAAGACUGUACAAAUCA